AUGCUGGUCACCGUUUUCUGCGCGCCGAGGGAUCGCCCAGAAACCACAUUCGCCCUCGAUGUAUCCCCAGAGCUGGAACUCAGAGACUUUGUGGCACUUUGCGAACUCGAAUCGGGAAUCCCGGCGGGGGAAAUUCAGAUCACCUAUGUUGAGCAGCCCCUAAAAGACCCCACACGUGCCUUGGGAACAUAUGGCGUAAAGGAUGGAGACGUGGUGGUCCUCAGGCAAGCCGACAGAAGGCCGCCACCCACUCAACAAUCCUUCCCAGGUCUUCCCCGGAUUGACUUUCGUUCCAUCACAGUCCCUGGCACUUCAACUUCGACCCAGCCGCUACCACCUCAGCAGCAACAGCCACAGCGAAAUGCGCAACCCUCCACACCACCAGCCUUUCGGAGCCCCUCUUCUCAGGGGCUUGAUGACCCAGCCUUGCUCCAGCAGAUGCUUCUGUCUAAUCCACACGAGCUGUCCCUCCUGAAAGAGAGAAACCCACCCCUUGCCGAGGCCUUGCUAAGCGGAGAUCUAGAGCGUUUCACCAAAGUGUUGCUGGAGCAACAGCAGGAUCGAGCCAAAAGGGAGCAAGAGCGAAUCCGACUGCUGACUGCAGAUCCUUUUGAUUUGGAAGCGCAGGCAAAAAUUGAGGAAGAUAUCAGGCAGCACAACGUCGAAGAAAAUAUGACCAUCGCAAUGGAGGAGGCCCCAGAAAGCUUUGGGCAGGUGGUUAUGCUCUACAUUAACUGCAAAGUCAACGGGCACCCUGUAAAAGCUUUUGUCGACUCAGGUGCCCAAAUGACCAUUAUGAGCCAAGCCUGUGCAGAGCGCUGCAACAUCAUGCGACUGGUAGAUCGGCGCUGGGCAGGCAUCGCCAAAGGAGUGGGCACACAAAAGAUCAUCGGCAGGGUUCAUUUGGCUCAGGUCCAGAUUGAAGGGGAUUUUCUUCCCUGCUCCUUCUCCAUUUUGGAGGACCAGCCGAUGGACAUGCUGCUCGGCUUGGACAUGCUCAAGAGACACCAGUGUUCGAUUGACCUGAAGAAAAGCGUGCUUGUCAUCGGCACGACGGGCACAGAGACUCGCUUCUUGUCUGAGGCUGAGCUGCCCGAUUGUGCUCGGUUGGCGUACGGGCCAGAGGGGCGCGAGGAAAGCCGCCCGGAAGAGAUAGCAGACAGGGAGCUCGCAGAGGCGCUUCAGCGGUCCGUACAAGAAAGCGACACUGCAGACGGACAGACUACCUCACCACAGCCGCCGCCAUUGUCACUACCCACAGCCUCAGACCAAAUGUCCUCUAGCGCCCAUCCCUUGAACCCUGAUUUGGUUUGCUCAGAGUCCACCCAGGUCCCAGCAGAGGUGGACCACAUUGGCCUCCAGGAGCUUCCUUUGCCUACAGAGCAGGAUCAGCUCCAGACUCCCUUUCUGGAAGAUCAUUCUAUCGUUGUUGAAGAAGCCCCAGGGCCCAGUCAGUCUUCUGAAGUCCUUCAAUGUCCAGAGGGUGGUGAGGAGGAGACAACGGAACCAUCCAAGGUAGAAAAAAGAUCUGCCAUCCCAACUACAGAACUAGCAAAUGGUCAGCCCAUGGAACAAGAGGUGACUGCAUCUGAAACGACUGAUCCCGGCCCGUUGGACUUUGUUGAAAUGGACUCCUCGAGCAAGGAAAAGUCAGAGGGCUCCGAUAGCAUCCCUUCCCUGGCCGCCGCUCUAUUGGAGCUUCACGAACUGCUGCUCUCCAACAACUGCAGCGUCGCCCGACCACUGACCCCAGUCGGAGCAGAAACAAGCGAUGCCAAAGCCAAACCAAACGCUGCUUGCGACAGACCCUCGGGGAGAAAAGCAGCAGACUCUUUGACAGGGCCAGCAAAAGCCGAAGACCCCAGCAUUUAUCAUCCCGAGUUAGUGACUCAUUUAGAGCCUCCCUAUGAAGCCAGAGAGCCUAGCAUUUAUAAUCCGGAGUCGGCAAUACCUCCCGAUCCUGCCGGGGACUUCAGGGAACCCCCUGAGGGGCAGCAGGGAACCGGGGGUGUGCACGGACAAAACCCAGACGCCGACACCCCGGGCAGUCUAGUCUCCGGCACCUCCGCCGACAACCUACUUCCGGUCCCCUUUACAGACCAGUUUCCAGCCGAACACAUCCAGAGAAUCCAGGCUGCAGGUUUUUCUGCCCGCGAUGCUGCAGAGGCUCUUGAGCAGGCGCAUGGGGUCGUGGAGUUGGCUCUGCUGUCACUCCUGGCCCGCAGCAUCACCGUGCCCACCUAA